AUGGUUAAUGUUAAGCCCGUUUACAGUGCUGGUGCGGUCAACGCUCAAAAUGAAGAUGAAUUACAUAUACCUGUGGAGACAGAUAAUCAGUUUCCCCCUGAUAACACUGAAACAGAUGGACUUAUUGAAGGUAGUGGGAGUGGUGUUAUUGACGAACCCGUAAUAGACAGCACUACUGAUUCUAAUAUCUUAGCAAACGCAGAGCUAAUUAAGGUGCCGAUUGAAGAGGAACUCAUUAUAAACACAGAAUCUAAUUCUACUAAAUUGCCAUGCCCCGAGCCAUGUGUGUGCCACACAGAAGGUGAUACGGAAGAUUUCGUCGUGGAUUGUUCAGGAUACAAUCUAAAGGAAUUUCCUUCUCCAUUAGAUCCAAGGACAACUACUUUAAAACUACAUAACAACAAAUUAACAGAAAUACCAAAAGAAGUGUCAAAUCUAAAAAAAUUAAAAGUAUUAAAUGCUAAUAACAAUUUAAUAAUGGAACUAGCAUCUGGUUCUGUCAGCGAGUUACCAGAAUUAGUGAUACUAAAAUUGGGUAAUAAUAGACUAAUUGAGUACCCAAAAGAUCUGAAGAAUAGUUUAUAUUUAACUAAAUUAGAAGAACUGGACUUGAGCGGCAAUGAUAUGAGAACGGGGCUCACUAAAGACAAGUUUACUAAUUUCAACUCAUUACAUAAAUUGAUAUUGCCUAAAACCACUUCCGACUUUAUGUUAGAUUUAUGUGGAUCUUUAAAAGGAACGUUAGAAACAGUUUGCGAAGAAUCAUGUGACGCUACAUCUUUAGAUUGUCCAGACGCUCCUGAAAAUAUAGAUGAAAAUUUAUUUGACGGCGCAUUACCAGGUAUGAUUUCAUUAAAUGGCGUUAUUGUCGAUAAUAAGCAUCCAGCUGAAAAGUCAGAUAUAUCCGGAAUCGAAGGGACAACAAUUGUUACAACAACAAUUUUACCAGUAACCAAAAAAUCGCCUGUAACCGAACAAAAUAAACCUGUUAAUGAAUAUUCUCUUCGCAAUGAGGUAGAUAAAAUUCCAAAUGAAAUAAAAUCUUCAAUCAAUGUUAUUGCCGAUUCACCAAAAGAAGCGAUAGAUGACGCAGAUGUUAAAGUUGGCGCUAAAACAUCAGAUUCAAAAGCAGGAGGCGGUGGCGUAGAUAAAAGUGUUAUUGGAAUUGUAGUAGCCGGAAUGGUGGUAGUUGUUGCUGGUAUAACAAUUAAGAAAAAUUGGAGUGCCAUUAAGAAAAAGUUUAGUUCGUCACCUAAUAGAGCUGUCAGUGAAAGAUCAGGAACAAAUGUCAAUGGUACUACACCUGAAGAAGUUCCUUUACAGGAUAAAGCAGACAAAUCACCUGUU